ACAGUCAUGUGACCAUACCAAUUGAACCGGCUAAAAAGGUCAAGCGUCAUAGCAUACACGGCAUGAUGGAGGAGGAGAACAUUGUGCGGCCACAUCAGGAGAUCCGUCAGCUAACCUUGGAGGAGAAGAAGUUUCUGCUGGCGGUAGAGCGCGGCGACAUGGCAGGAACACGAAGGAUGCUACAAAAAGCGCAGGAUACCGAAUACAUCAAUGUAAAUUGUGUCGAUCCUUUGGGACGCACUGCCCUACUCAUGGCUAUCGACAAUGAGAAUUUGGAAAUGGUCGAAUUGCUCAUCAGCUAUAAUGUUGAUACGAAGGAUGCGCUUUUGCACUCUAUUUCAGAGGAGUUUGUGGAGGCUGUGGAGGUGCUUUUGGAUCAUGAGAAUGUCAGCUUUCACACGGAGGGCAAUCAUAGCUGGGAAUCACAAUCGGAGGAUACUUCAACAUUUACACCCGAUAUAACGCCACUUAUUUUGGCCGCACAUCGUGACAACUAUGAGAUAAUCAAAAUUUUACUAGAUCGUGGAGCUGUACUGCCAAUGCCGCAUGAUGUAAGAUGCGGCUGCGACGAAUGUGUUCAAUCACGCCAAGAGGAUUCACUGCGACACUCACGUUCGCGCAUUAACGCUUACCGUUCGCUGGCCAGUCCCAGCCUCAUAGCAUUGUCAUCGAAGGAUCCUAUUUUAACUGCAUUUGAAUUGUCAUGGGAAUUGAGACGUUUAAGUUUCCUCGAACAUGAAUUUAAGAAUGAAUAUCAGGAAUUGCGUAAACAAUGCCAAGACUUCGCCACCGCUUUGCUCGAUCACACACGCACCUCACACGAAUUGGAAAUCCUACUAAAUCAUGAUCCCACCGGACCAAUCUAUGAACAUGGCGAGCGUAUGCAUUUAAACCGCUUGAAAUUGGCAAUCAAAUUGCGACAGAAAAAGUUUGUCGCACACUCCAAUGUGCAACAGCUGUUGGCGAGCAUUUGGUAUGAGGGUCUGCCAGGGUUUCGACGCAAGAAUAUGGCACUGCAGGCAUUGGAUAUUAUAAGAAUCGGUAUAAUGUUUCCGAUUUUCUCAUUGGCUUACAUCUUGGCACCAUAUUCCAGUAUUGGACAGACAAUGCGUAAACCAUUUAUAAAAUUCAUAUGUCAUAGUGCCUCCUACUUUACAUUUCUCUUUCUGCUGAUGCUCGCUUCACAGCGCAUUGAGACUUUUAUUGGUGGCUGGUUUUGGAGUGAUUCGCAAAACAUAAUCGCCGAGGUGGAAGAAGUGCCGACAAAACGUGGCGCAAAGCCGACUUUUAUCGAGUGGCUGAUACUGGCAUGGGUUUCCGGGCUAAUUUGGAGCGAAGUGAAGCAGCUGUGGGAUGUUGGCCUACAAGAGUAUCUCAACGAUAUGUGGAAUGUUAUCGAUUUCGUAACGAAUUCAUUGUACGUAGCCACAGUGGCUUUGCGCGUGGUAUCCUUCUUUCAGGUGCAAAAAGAAAUGAUCAUUAAUCCGAAAGCCACCGAUUUGCCGCGUGAGCGUUGGGACACCUGGGAUCCAAUGCUUAUCUCGGAAGGCCUCUUUAGUGCGGCAAACAUUUUCAGUAGCCUCAAAUUGGUAUACAUCUUUUCGGUGAAUCCACAUUUGGGACCACUGCAAGUGUCCCUGUCGCGUAUGGUUAUGGAUAUCAUGAAGUUUUUCUUUUUGUACGUGCUCGUUCUAUUCGCUUUUGGCAGUGGCUUGAACCAGCUGUUGUGGUACUAUGCUGAUUUGGAAAAGAAACGCUGUCCGGAAGUGUCGCCCUCAAAUGUGCUCCUCACCAUGAACGGCACCACGGAUGCAAACGCUUGCAUUGUUUGGCGUCGAUUUUCAAAUCUUUUCGARACCACUCAAACCCUCUUCUGGGCCGUUUUUGGUUUAAUCGAUUUGGAUAGCUUUGAGUUGGAUGGUAUUAAGAUUUUCACGCGCUUUUGGGGUAUGCUGAUGUUCGGCACAUAUUCGGUUAUAAACAUAGUGGUGUUGCUGAAUUUACUCAUCGCAAUGAUGAAUCAUUCGUAUCAACUAAUCUCGGAACGCGCUGAUGUCGAGUGGAAAUUUGCGCGUUCUAAAUUAUGGAUAAGUUAUUUCGAGGAAGGUGGUACCUGUCCACCGCCAUUUAAUAUAAUACCGACACCGAAAUCUAUAUGGUAUGUGUUCAAGUGGGCGCGUAGGGUGUUCUGCAGUGGAUCGUCAGCGGCCAGACGAGAGCAUCUGAAGACAAUAAGACGCAAAGCUCAACAGGCRAGUGAUCGCGAUUUCAAAUAUCAGCAAAUAAUGCGUAACUUGGUACGUCGUUAUGUGACCGUCGAGCAACGUAAAGCCGAGUCGCAGGGUGUCACCGAAGAUGAUGUGAACGAAAUUAAGCAAGAUAUCUCGGCAUUCCGUUGUGAACUCGUGGAGAUUUUGAAGAAUAGCGGCAUGGAUACAAAUGUGACAGCAGGACAAGGCGGUGGUGGCGGCAAGAAAAAUCGUCAGAAGGAGCGACGGCUUAUGAAAGGCUUCAACAUUGCGCCACCCGGUUCGACGGGUUCGCUAGCGCCGGUUGCCGAGUUUUCUACCUCGUUAGACAAYUUCGACUCACAACACGAAAUACUCAGCUCUACGCUGUCGAAUCUUUUCAAUUCAAAUUUUAUACAGAAGAAUCAUCAGAAUGRUCAUACGAAUGGCAAGGAAUCACCAACAAAUARUGCUACUCCGACAACAACUACCACAAUACAAACAACAACAAAAUAUAAUAAAUCGGCAUUGAAGCCGCACAACAAACGCAUCGCGGGUCACAAAAAGCGUUGGGGCACACUAAUCGAGGCCGCUAAGGUAGGGAAUGUCUCUAAAAUGUUGGGACGUUCAAAAUCUGAGGAUUCGGUCUGCAAUUCUUCUGCCAACUCAUCGCCAGUCCAUGGUCAAGUGCAUGUCACAUAUGCACAAAACUCCGCACAGCAGUAUAUAUCCAAUGGAGAACCGACAGCCGGCAAUCGUCAUGUUAACCACCACACACCAACACACAAUCCACUACAUGCCGGUACAUUUAUGAAGGAACACAGCAGCAGCUUGAAUAGCGGUAGCGGUAACAGUGUCAGCAGCAGCGGGGGCGGCGCUUCACACUUCUUUCAUACAACAACCGGUCUAACUGCCAUAGCCGCUUUGAAAAAGAAACGCAAGAAGUUCUCAUCAAGCAAAAAUAUCUGCCCCGUCAACGAAUCCAUGUCCACUGCCAAUGGAGUUGAGGCGGCAUUGAACGACAAGUCGCUUAAACGUGUCUCCAGCUAUCCAGCAUCACAUACCGAUGGUGUCACGCCAGGUGGCAAAGAUGCCAUGAUCAUCGCCAAACCUCGUCGUCAUGAACAGACACAAAGUCAACAUGACUCUGUCGAAACGUCGACGGAAUUUACACUCUCCUCCAGUGAGGCACAUCAUUUGGAUCCAUCCAAUACAUCCGUCAAUUCACGUGAACCCCUAAUAAGUGGCAGUUAUGCAUCGACUAGUAUAAUGGGUUAAGCACACAUAUAUAUAUGCUAAACUCCAACAAAUAUGUUGUAUCCCUAACGGUACAUAAUUAAGCAAAACGAAUUAUUAAACGAAAGCAGUAUAGAAAUUGAUCUCAGAYAUUUGCGGGAAAAUCAAAUACCCUCAUACAAGUAAUCAUAUUCCUAUACUUAGGAGAAAUAACCCACAUAGCGGCUCUCAUCUAAUCAUUCAUACUACACACAUACAUAUAAAAUAUGGUUAAGCAUAUGCGCAUUUAUAACACUCAAAUGUACGCACAUUCAACUCGUUAAACAUAUCACAAUCAGCACUAAACCACUAAAACGAAGCUCAAGCACAACUCCAUUCACACAAAUGCAGCAAUCACAAAGUAGCUAGGCUAACUUCAAUUGGAUAACAUCUUAUGUUCAAACAUUUUCACUAAAUAAGGUGAGCAUUGAAAUACUCGCUCGUAUAAAUUUAAUGAUUUAGUUAUUAUUAUGUAUGUUAUGUUAUAUUAUAUUAGAACUCACUCUUGGUAGAUAAAGCUUUAUAAAAGAUUUUCAGCUAACCUUUAACGGGCACGGGUGUGAGAGCCCAAAAAAUGCGACUUUUAGGAAGUGAAAAAAAUCUUUUUUAUCCAUUGUUCUUAAGGGUGUAUUUAAUCUUCUUCUUUAUUGGCGUAAACACUGCUUACGUGGUUAUAUUUAUUAGGUUUGUCAAAAAAAAAACAUUUUGUUUUUUCGCUUGGUAGUUUGAAAAAUAGGCUUUUAGACAUCUCUUAGAAAGUCUUUCCAAGUAUGACCCAUGUUGUGGAGCAGUAAAUUGAUUUGAUUGAGUAAAUAAUUUGUUAUUGAGUUAUAAAUUUAAUAAGAAAAAUAAUUUGCCUUAAAAUAAUCAAACUUCAACUAUUAAAUACAUUUAAACGGUUAGGUAUACGCAAAAGACUUUUGUAGAGCACUGAAUUUCYUACAAUCUAUUAAACGAGAUAUUUUUUUUUUAAGCAGUUGGACCCGAGAUUGGAAUUUUUUAUAUCUGAUAACAAGAAAAAGUAGACUACUGCAAGCAGGGCUUUCCCGCUCUCCAGCUCAUACUUGGAGAGACUUUCUUAGAAGUAUCUAUGAACCUAUUUUUCAGAGUACCAAGUGAAAAAAUAUUCCUUUUGACCCACCCUAAUAUUAAUACACAUUAAAACGAAAAAUCGGUAAAAUUUUUGAAAAAAAAAUUUAUCAAAGGUUUUUUAAAUUACAUGCGAUCUCCGAAGUACGUACAAUGACCCAAGGCCUAAAAAAAGGAACAUUGAGAAAAUCGUGUAGUUUUUUAAAAAAAAGUUGAAUUCUGUGCAAAAUUUUAAUCGGUAUCGGCCUAUAUWGAGAACAUGCAGUAAAAAAUUUAUAGUGAUCGGAUCAUUUGUCUCUUCAAAAAAUGCCUGUAACUUAAAAAAUAUUUGAAAAACUCAUUUAAUAUUUUAUUACGGCAAUUUUGAAAGUACAUGUCGUCACUUAAAAUACAAAACAACGUAUCAUCAAAAAAGUCGAAGCUGAGUUUUUAUUGCACAAAAUUUUUAGCUUCCGCUUUCAGAUAACCCCAAUUUAUAACCUCAAAUUUUAUUUCAAUAUAAGUGGUUUCCAUUAUACUGUUUUUUUCAUUGCUUGAAAAUUUAUUAAAAGUGGUGUUAUGUUAUUUUGCAUUUUAGGUGACGAUAUGUACUUGUAAAUAUUAUUUUUUUAUCACUUAAUUCAAUCGUCAUAUUCUAGUCAGCAGGGCGUAUAACUAACAUCAAUCCGUAAAUGAAAUCAACAUUUUACUUACUUUGUUUUAGUUCCGAUUAAACAAUGCAAAUCAGUUUCCUUUAAUUUUCAACUACAUACGUAAAUUAAAUAGGUUAAAAUACAAGAUUGCAUUCUGCAAACCCUCACCCUUUAUAACAGCACCUUAAACACUGAAGUCUGCAUGCCCACUGCCCACCCAAUUUUACGCAUAUGAAAUCAUCACAAUGUUGUUAGUGUUAAACACCUGCACAAAAUCACAAUCAUAAUCAGCAAAUUAUACAUAAACGUACUUGCAUACAUACCUACAUAAUCAAGCAUAACUUGGAAAACUACUCAUAUCAA